GCGCCUCUGUAACGAAGCACGGCACAAGGGAAAAAAUAACCUAAACGAGUCUGUUUAUAGCCUAACCUUCGAUAAACCGUUUAGCAAACAGUGGUAACGUAUUUUAUGACUAUGGAAGUGUUCCAUUACUGAGGUAAUCGUUUCAAAUAAGACAGUAUUUUGAUCUGUGUGUUCACAUUUGACAAGUGACUGUACCGACCGUGCCUCCCGGUGUCGGCUCUGUCCCAGGUGCUGAAAGCGCUGGUGGUGCGUUUCCGUAGCAACCAACGACCAAGUUUAGGCUACACGGCCAACACCGAUUUCUUAUGACAACAGGAAACGCCGAGUGGUGGAGGAAAGGAGCCCAGUGCGGUGAAUGUUAAGCAACUCUCCGCCACAGACCGAGGUGUGGAUCCCGUUAACGCGAAUAAAUGGGAUAUUCGGUUGGCCGGGCAGGAUGUAAAACAUCUUUUGAAGGAUGGGGAAACAAAGCUUCUCUGCGGCGACACUGUCACUGCUCGUUCUGGGUUGGCUCACGGUAUCCGUUACCGCUGGUGACUCAACUCUGUCGGCUCCUGUCAAUGUGACGAUCAGGGAGCUGGAGGCUAACACAGCCAUAGUCACAUGGGAGAUACUGGAGGGAGAUCCUGUCAUCGGAUUCGCCGUCACACAACAGAAGAAGGAUGUGCGCAUGCUGCGGUACAUCCAGGAAGUAAACACGACCACGCGCUCCUGUGCAUUAUGGGACUUGGAGGAGGACACGGAGUACAUUGUCCAUGUCCAGAGCAUCAGCAUGGGAGGCAGCAGUCCUCCCAGUGACCCGGUCAGCUUCAGAACUCCCAGAGAGUCUGAGAAACUGGCCUCCACAGGCCCAGACGAGGUGAACAGGGAGGAGAUGGAACAGGCAGUGCAGCUCAGAGUUGGAGAGCUCAUCAUCAUCGUAGUGGUGCUCGUCAUGUGGGCAGGUGUGAUCCUCCUGUUCUGUCGUCAGUAUGACAUCAUCAAAGACAACGAGCCCAACAACAACAAGGACAAAGCCAAGACCUCGUCAGAGUGCAGUACACCAGAACACCCACAGGGGGGGCUACUGCGCAGCAACGUCUGAAAACAGCCCCCACUGGCCACUCACCUAUAUGGCAAUAACCUCCAAUCCUAUUCCUCAGGACAGGUGAGGCUACACAGCCAACCAGAACCGUCAUACCUGAGGCUGCAUCCUGAUUCUUCAUACUUCUCCUGAAGUGUGCGUGUCCUUGUAUCUACAACAUGACGAUCACCACUACGAUGAUGAUGAGCUCUCCAGCUCCGAGCUAAGAUCCCUGACACCAUCUCCUCCACAAAUCAGCACCUCAGACUACAGCACAGCACCGCACCAGGAACCCAGCCCAGCCAAUCCCAGCAGCACAGCACCGCACCAGGAACCCAGCCCAGCCAAUCCCAUCAGCAUAGCCCCGCACAGGAACCCAGCCCAGCCAAUCCCAGCAGUCCAGCAGCACAGCCCACGAUGGACCACAACCACCUACCACCCAGAGUGGGGAGACUGAAGAGGUGUAGGGUGAAGCUGCCCCGAGACGCUGAUCUUGGGUCAGCGUCUAGGGUUGUGCCUUUCAGAUUAUCAUACACAAGGUUAAAUGGACACGGGAGGCCUGAUCAUAGAUCAGCACUCCCACUCUGAGACGCUUUAUGAACAGAGAGGAAUGACAGGUGUGGUCGAAAGUUCCAGCUAGACUAUCAGAGGGCAAGGUAAAGUUAUUAUCAUAUUGCUUAAACCUAUCAAAUCAUUUUAGAUUGCAACAGAUGUCUAGAGGGAAGGGGCUAGUGAUCGUUUCUGGACAAGGAGCCUCUGUCUCCCCCUCCCUCUCUCCAGAUCACUGUCUCUACACUCUCUAUCUCCCUCUCUCCAGAUCACUGUCUCUACACUCUCUAUCUCCCUCUCUCCAGAUCACUGUCUCUACACUCUCUAUCUCUGACUCAUAAGGAAAAUGACUUCCUCUCCUAAACCCUCUGACUCAUAAGGAAAAUGACUUCCUCUCCUAAACCCUCUGACUCAUAAGGAAGGUGACUUCCCCUCCUAAACCCUCUGACUCAUAAGGAAGGUGACUUCCCCUCCUAAACCCUCUGACUCAUAAGGACGAUGACUUCCCCUCCUAAACCCUCUGACUCAUAAGGAAAAUGACUUCCUCUCCUAAACCCUCUGACUCAUAAGGAAGGUGACUUCCCCUCCUAAACCCUCUGACUCAUAAGGAAGGUGACUUCCCCUCCUAAACCCUCUGACUCAUAAGGAAGGUGACUUCCCCUCCUAAACCCUCUGACUCAUAAGGACGAUGACUUCCCCUCCUAAACCCUCUGACUCAUAAGGAAGGUGACUUCCCCUCCUAAACCCUCUGACUCAUAAGGAAAAUGACUUCCUCUCCUAAACCCUCUGACUCAUAAGGAAAAUGACUUCCUCUCCUAAACCCUCUGACUCAUAAGGAAGGUGACUUCCCCUCCUAAACCCUCUGACUCAUAAGGAAGGUGACUUCCCCUCCUAAACCCUCUGACUUCCCCUCCGUCUGUCUCUCUUCCUGGGCUGAAACGUUGUUGCCCUUGUUAGUUGUCCUCCUACAGUAUCCAAUCUGAAGGAUAAAAUCUGACACAGUUUUUAUGACAGCAUAUAGCAGGGUCAGAGAGAAGACUGGCUGGAGAAGAUGGCCCCUAUCCCCUACACCCUAUCCCCUACCCUCUACACCCUAUCCCCUACCCUCUACACCCUACCCUCUACC